AGUGUUCAAAAAAUUCUAAGUUCUGACUAGCUUCGACGACAGAUCCAUUUUCUUGUUUACAAUAAUAAGAAGCUUACACAAUGAGAAGGGCGAAUAAUUGUAAUACCAUAUCGCCCGAAGAAUUUGUAUACGCUUCAAGAGAUUUUAUUAAGUUAUCAAAUAGGUUUUUCGAUAGCUGGACUAUACAUCAAAACGACAAUGAAAUAUUGAACACAUACAUUAAAAAGGAAGAAUUUGUUAGUCAUCGAGAUGAAAAUGAUAAAAUAUUUUUGUAUAGAGCUGAAUAUAUUAUUUUUUAUAAUCUCAGCUAUGGAGUCCCAUCGUUUAGUUUCAAUCUUUGGGACUGCUCUGGAAAAAUGUUGACUUUGGAACAAGUGAGGGAGAUUUCGCUUAUGAAGAUCAGCAAAGAAGACUUCUACUCAGUAGUGACACAGCAGGAACACCCAGUGAUGCAUCGGCCAUAUUUCAUCAUUCAUCCAUGUCACACAGCAAAAAUUGUAUCAGCUUUCAGAUACACAUCAAGAAACCUUAUUAUUACUUUCUUGGGUAUCAUAACACCAUUGAUUCAGUUAAAUUUGCCCUUGGAAUAUGGUUUAUGACUAAAGAAACCCAUUUAAAUGUUGGUAAAAUCAUUCAGAUGUGUCCUAACUUUAUUUGGUUUAAGAGUUAUUUGAUUAUAUGUAUCAAAAUACUAUAUAUAAAGUAUAAAAAGGCUUAAUUACAAUCAAAAUGGCAGCAAAUGGUCUGUUCUCGCUAACUUUACAAAUGGCUUAAUAAGUCUUAAGUUUAUGCAUGGACGAUUAGACCAUUUGUAAUGUUAGCCUUUUAAGAUUUAUUUUAUCCAAAUACAAUGAUAAAGGCUGUUACUGCCUGUCACAUCUCUACAUUAGUUAUAUAAUUGUUUAAAAAAACUUCACAUUAAGCAAGUCACACGAAUAAGCAAAAAUGAUUCUAAAUGAAUUAUUUCAUAUACUUCAACAUUCAAUGUGGCAUUUAGUCAUUGAAUGUGUUUUACUAAUAAAUUAUCAUCUUCAAUCUAAUGUCUAUAUGUCCCUAAUUGUUCAUCAUGUCAUCAUGUUCAUCAUGUCAUCAAGUUCAUCAUGUCAUCGUGUUCAUCAUGUUCAUCAUUUCCCAUUGCGGGAAAAGACCCCAGAGCUCUUAAGAGUUCUUAAUUUCUCGAGCACACAAAGGUGUCUUUACAAUAUUUAGCUUCACUGUACUGUUCUUUGUUUAUCCAUCAGCCAUCUCUGCAGCAUAUUAUUUGUAGUUUGUUAAAAAUGUUGUGUAACUCAUGAUUAUUUUUGUUAUAGCAAUAAAAUUAUUUUUAAUGCAGUUAAUUAUACUGUUCUUUGUAGUAGUUUGUAAUAAUAAUCAAUAAUGAAAAUUGCAUAGUGUACUAUCAUACACUUUUAUUGUGGUGUAGGCCGUUGGGUAUGAUCUCAAUUUAUGUAAUAAUAUAUAUCCAGGUUAGAAUCAUGAAUGUAGGAAAAACUGUAUAUUAUGCAGGUAAAUAGAAAAAUAUGAUACUCAUAAUUUAAAAAGAUAGUUUUUCUUUGAUUGUUUUUUUUAUAGGUUUUUUUAUUGUUAUGAGAAUUAAUAUAAAAUAUUUGAAAGUUAUUAAUAUUUUUUUAUUAUUUAAUUGAUUUCACUUACAAAAAAAGCUUAUGAGGAAUUAUAAAAUUCAUUUGUAUAAAUUACCUGUUAUUUAGUUAUGUUACUACCUCAUUGGUCUACUGGCUAUGAGAUCCUAGGUUAAAAUCCCAAGUCUUUUUUUUUAAUCACUAGAAAUACGCGUUACGCGUUUCCCCGGAAAUAGUAGUAUGUAGGACUCGCCGGUGUCCAGAGCUCCAAGUGCGCCCCUAACAUCGGAAUACCCACUAAAAAACCAGCGGUACCCUUUUUUCGGGAAUUGCAAAAAACUGUUUAUCAAUUAAUUUGUGAAAUUAUUGUAACACAAAUAUGUUUUCAUUGUUAAAUUAUUAUACCAUGUUUUGUUAUUUGUAAUGCAUAUUUGUCACACAAACGUGUUUUUAAAAUUUUUUUUUUUUAUUAUAUUUUUACUUUUUAUUAUUCUAUAAAUUGUCUAUUCAGUUAAAUAUCCGUUUGUAAUUCUAUAUUUCUAAACGAAAUAUUUGAAAUAAAGUGUAGAAAAAACUAUUUGAGUAUUUACAUUUUAUGUUGUAUAAUUUGUAUAUCGUUUGAUAAAAUUAAUAGCAGUAUGUCGAUUUUAAUUAAGCUAUACGGCAUACAUUUUUGGAGGUUCUGCUUAUAUUAAAAUGGUGGCACUUCACUCGAUGUAACAUUUUAGCGUAUUUGCAGUGUUCGCUAAAUUCGAUGUAUAGACAUUAGUCAAGACGCGGGAUUGGGGUGGAUAUGGAGACAAUGUAAAUGUUCAUCGCACACCAUCAAUUCGAUGAUAUUGUCAUCAUUGCAGAGUCAAACUUAUCGAAAUGUUGCGUAGCAUAAGCGAGUGUUUGUUUCGGUAUGUACUUGCACAGGCCCAAGCUCAUUUGCAACAGGCAUAUCGUGCCGGGAUCAAUAUACGUCAAAGGGAAAUCUCUCGGAAGUUGUUGGUAAAUAUAACCUACCUGUAGGAACAACUUCGAGGAGGAAGCCGAUCAAAGUAUUCGUUUGGGAUACAGAGCGAACUAUACUUGGAGUCUCUUUGAACGACAACAUCAGAAAUGAGAUUAUCCGGAGAAGAACGCGAGCUACUGACAUAGCCUGCAAGAUAAGCAGACUGAAGUGGCAGGGGGUUGGUCAAAUAUGUUGGAGCAGACGAGUCCUUGAGUAAUGAAAUCAGAAUAAGUUCCUGAAGGGCCGGAGGUUCCGGAAGUCUGGAUGCAGCAAGCGGAGAAUCAGGAGCUUUGGUGAACAGCUUAGCAUUCCAGCAGUGGAUUGCGAUAGACUGAUGCAUUGAACACACUUUAUUCGCUCAGUACUCAGCUUUGCACCGAUUUUGCAUUUAUUUAUUUACGAAUUCAGUCAAUGCGUCUGUGGCGUGUAUGUAUUUGCAAAUAUACUAAAUAUUUGGUCCAACAAAAAAAUGCUACUCGAACAAGUUACCUCGAGUAAAGUAAAAUUAAAUUUAUAUUGUAAAGUGCCUUUACAAUAUAAACUGAAAAUAUUGAGAAAAUUAUAUUUUCUUAUAAUGUUUUAAUUUAUAUUACCUACUUAAGCAAUAUUUGUUUUUAAAACUGUCUAGUCUAAUUAAAUCUAAUCAUGUUUUAAUACAUUAUAUUCCGAUUAAGUAGAAUAAAAUUUAUCGUGGUUUCCAGGAUCAUAGUCAUAAUAUCUAUAUACAUGUACCUAUUGUCUAUGGCUCUUUUGAAUAUUCUCUAAAUGUUGUGAUAGAUGUAGAAUUGAUCUCAUAUUUAUCAUAAUAAUUUUACGAAUAUUUAAACUCUUAUAAUAU